AUGAUAUCCUCACGACCAUCACCACCAAUCGAUGAAGAAACAACAACUCGAGAAACCGACUCGGACUCAACGUCAACUCUUGAAGUUGAAAUUGAGUACCAUCGACCAGAGCUGAAAGAGUUUGAUCCUCGGAUGCUCUCUCCUCCGAAACCUCUGUCCUUCAAAGAUAAAGUUCGGAAACGAAUACAAACAGGGAUCUUUUUCAGAUCUGGAUGGAGUAUUUAUGGCAUUGUGGUGGUGGCUAGAGAAACUAGUUGCGUGGGUAAGAAUGCCAAUGGAGCUCAUAUAUUUUCAAUUGUUUCAGUGAUUUCAAACAUGGUUCAAGUGGUUGUGAUUGUUCUCAUUGGAAGCUUUUUGAUUGGUCUUUAUGUGGCCAAACUAGUUCAAAAAGAUAAGAAGAAAGAAAAAGGGCAGUACUCACAACUGGAUGAUCUCAGCUCAUACGUCAAUCAAUCCGUUCCACUCAUGGAAGAAGACUCUAAGGCGUCUGAAAAGCAUGAGGAAGAGUUGGAAUUGGAGUCAAGUGUCCACAACCUUAUCAUCGAAAAUAAUUUUUCGAGCAAUGGCUGUUCGUUUCCUGUCGAUGAAAUCAUCUUGGAAGAUGAAGUCAAUCAUGAGGAUAUUGCUGUUGAGCAUCUUGACCUGGAUCCAAUCGAUGAAAUAAAACUAAAGUUUAACUUGUAG